AUGUAUUUUACAGAAUUUGGUUGUGCGUGCUCAAUUCAUAUACAUAAUGAUAAGCCAGUUACAAAAUUAAGUAUAUUACAACAAGCAGUUUAUCUUAAAACAACACUUGAACGACAGGUUCGAGCCGAAAAGCAUUUAAAUGCCAAUGGACCAUUUGGAAAACGUCAUGAAUUUCACAAUGAACCAAGUCCAUAUGCCUGUAAUAGAGGAGCAGGCAUUUAUUCUUCAAUUUUUCGUCGACGAAAUAAAGUUGUACAAGAUUUACAAGUAUCUAAAACAGUUUAUAUGAGCAGUGAACAAAUUCAAGUAACAUGGACACCAAUAUCAGCAUCAUGUAAAGAUGAUUUUAUUGGUAUUUAUUAUAUUGAAAUUCCUCUUAUUGCAGCUUGUGAUUAUUUCGAUUAUGAAUUUGUUCAAUAUAAGCAAAGUAAUAUGUCAUGGCAAAUGACAAAUCUUCGUCGUCCAUUAGAAUUUCGUUAUUAUUCACGUGAUCAUAGUUGUUCAGGCAAUUAUUCUCUUAUUGCUAAAUCUCCUAUUAUUCAACCAGUUAAUUAUAAUGAACCAACACAAAUUCAUUUAGCUUAUGGUGAUAGAAUUGAUCAAAUGUAUGUUUCAUAUUUAACUAAUUCAUCAGAAUAUAUUCCUCAAUGUCAAUAUGGUUUAACUUCAUCAUCUUUAAAUUGUCAUAAAAAUGGAACAACAAUAACAUAUACAGCAUCCGAUAUGUGUGAAGGAAAAGCUAAUCAAUGGGGUCCACAAGCUUUUAUUGAUCCAGGAUAUAUGCAUACAGUUUUAUUAGAAGAUCUAAAUCCAUCAACAAUGUAUUUUUAUCGUGUUGGAACAGAUGAACAUGGAUGGUCAUCUAUUUAUUCAUUUAUAAAUCGUCCAGCAGAUAAAAAUGAAGCAGUAAAUAUAAUUACAUAUGGUGAUUUAGGUUUAUCACCAGUUGAACCAGGUGCAAAAUCAACUAUUGAUCGAGUAAUAGCACGAGUAACAUCAAAAAAUUUGACAUGUUUAUUACAUAUAGGUGAUAUUAGUUAUGCUCGAGGUGUUGGUGCUUUAUGGGAUGCAUUUAUGACUCAAAUUCAACCAAUAGCAGCUCGUAU